GUUCCAAACCCGCCAACCCGUGACCUGUAUAUUUAAAUGGGUCGUGUUUGGGUUGACAUAUUUUGACCCGUCAACCCGCGACACGCCAACCCACACAUGACAUGUUUAACUGUGGUGUCGAUUUCUUAUUGAUAAUUACAGCAGCGCCUUUUCUUCUCUACGGGUUAUCGUAUGUUCUAUGAUCUCUUGAUUCGUUCCACCGGGUUCCAUUAACGAAACGAGUAAUCAUGUAUGUAUUUCGGAAGAUGUUUUUUAAUCGAACUCUCAUUCGCCAUUUUCACAAACAGAGACCUCACAAGCCUACCAAGGCUCUCCUCCGAAAACGAAUACCUUUCGUCACUGACCUCAAAGACAUUCAAAGCCCAGAUGAAGCUCUCGCUCUCUUCCACGAUUACUGCGAAACUGGCGGUUUUAAGCACGACUACCCUUCUUAUUCUUCCCUCAUUUACAAACUUGCACGUAGAAGAAACUACGAAGCAGUCGAAACCCUUCUUCAACAACUCCAGCACUAUAACGUUAAAUGUAAAGAAGCUUUGUUCAUCGGAUUAAUUCAGCAUUACGGAAAGUCUGGUUUACCUGACAAAGCCAUCGAAUUGUUUCGGAAAAUGCCGUCGUUUGAUUGCUACCGUUCAUUACAGUCAUUAAAUACAAUUCUCAAUACAUUGCUCGAGAAUGGAAGGUUUAAUGAUGCCGAUGAGAUGUUCAAGUCUUGCUCCAAAAUGGGAUUUCGACCAAAUGCGGUGACAUUUAAUAUCAUGAUCAAGGGGUGGCUUGCAAAGGGCGAGUGGGAUGAAGCACGUAAGGUGUUCGAUGAAAUGCAUGAGAGAGAGGUCGAACCUACAGUUGUAACUUACAAUUGUCAAAUCGGAUUUUGGAGUAAAAGGGGCAAGUUUUCCGAGGCUAAGACUUUGUUUGAUGAAAUGAUUCGGAAAGGGAAAAAACCAAAUGCUAUAUCAUAUGCCUUGUUAAUGGAGUGUUUGUGCUCACAAGAAAAGUUCAAGGAAGCGAAAAAGAUAAUGUUUGAUAUGGAAUACCAAGGCUGCAAAACACGGCUUGUGAAUUACGGAAUCUUGAUGAACGAUCUUGCUAAAAGGGGAAACUUUAAUGAAGCUAAAUCUUUACUUCUUGAAAUGAAGAAAAGGCGAAUUAAGCCGGAUGUUGUAAUGUACAACAUAUUGAUCAAUUAUUUAUGCAAGGAAAGUAAAGUUGGGGAAGCUUACAAGAUCUUGGUUGAGAUGCAAGUUGAUGGUUUUGAGCCAAAUGCAGCCACAUAUAGAAUGAUAGUUGAUGGUUUUUGUAGAAAUGGAGAAUUUGAUGAGGGGUUGAAGGUUUUAAACGCUAUGAUGAUGAGUAAUCAUUGUGCGCGUGUGGAAACAUUUUGUUGUUUGGUUGUUGGGUUGAUUAAGAAUGGGAAGAUGGAAGAUGGUUUGUUUGUUAUGGAGGAGAUGGUGAAAAGACGAAUGUGCCCUGAUUUGGGGUCUUGGGAAGCAUUGGUUGCAAGCACUUGCGGUGGGGAUAAAAAUGGGCAUGUGAUCGUCACUGACUUGGUUUCAUCAAGCUAAUAACCCCCGUUGCUUAAUAUGGGGCAAACUCAAAACUCAAAACUCAAAACAAAUGUUAUAUGGUUAAUAAUUCAAUACACAAAUUAUGACAUACUUAUGUAUCAAACCAAACAAUCAUUCAUCAAGAUUUAUAAUUUUGUUUGAAUCUUUACAAA